AUGAAGAAUAAUCAGCCAGGAACACAUGCAAGUCUGAGCAGUGACCAUGAAGAGCAGCUAUUGUCAGAAGAAAAAGAACUUCCUGCUGAGGCUGAUAUAGUUCGAAAGAAAAGUCAAGACCUUCCAGUACCUGUACUCCAAGAGAAGACAAAUAUUAAAACAAAGGUAGAAAGGAUACAAUAUGACAGGGAUUCUUUACUUAAAUAUAAAUCUUUUACACAGGAGCCAAGGGACUUGUCUGAAAUUGCUAAACUCUACCAAGGUAUGCUCAUUAGACCUCACCUUCGACCAGUGGAUCCAUCACGAUUUACCAGCAGGAAAUGUACACCUCUAACUGGAAAUUUAUUCCAUCCAGAUAAGGAUAGUUACAGACUGCCACGUGGAAUGGGCCAAAUUAGGUCUCAGCAGGGUCCUGGUAAGGAACCUCGCAAAAUCCUUCAUGUAACUGAGAAUGUAAAACAGCAUACAUCUGAAAAGGCUUGGAAACCUCUGAUGAAAAGGACAAACGAAGAUCCCACUAUGGCCAAGGCUCGAGAAUUGGUUCGCAAAGUUCGCAGUAUUCUAAAUAAAAUCACACCUCAGACAUUCCAGCACCUAAUCAAGCAAGUGAAAGAACUCUCUAUAGACACAGAGUAUCAACUAAAAAGUGUUGUAGAAGUCAUAUUUGAAAAAGCAGUAGCAGAGCCACAUUUUGCUGUUGUAUACGCCAGCAUGUGCAACUGGCUAAUGAUGCUUGAGGUCCCAACAGAAGUCAACCCUGAAGAAAGCAUUACAUUCCGUAGGCUGCUAAUAAGACUCUGCCAGAAGGAAUUUGAGAGAGGUGAAAAUGGGAAUGAAAGAACUGAGAAACUGCAAAAGGAACUGGAUGCUGCCACGUCACCGAGAGAAAAGACUAGACUAAAAGAGGAAUUGAGUGAUGCUUGUAAUAAAGCAUGCAGGCGAUACCAAGGGAAUAUCAAAUUUAUUGGGGAGCUAUUUAAGUUAAAAUUUCUCUCUGAAGACACCAUGAAAGACUGCCUUAUGAAACUACUAAACAGGAACAGCGAGGAGUCCAUGGAAUGCAUCUGCCUUUUGCUCACCACAAUUGGAAAAUGCUUGGACAACUAUAUCAGCAAGAUUGACAUCUUUAUUAAAAACCAGAAAACCUCUUCGUGGAUUCUUUGGUGCAGGAUGUGA